AUGACAGAAUUUGAUGAAAGCUCUGCGAAAGAACAACGUGACUUGAGUGCUGAAUUUGAAGCAGUUGCCUCCAACUACGAGCAUCGACAACGGCUCUGUCCCACCUCACCUCACGUUCUCGACAGUGAUACCAGCAACGGCUCCUGUGAAGAGAUUCCUCUAGCCGUGCUAAUGAUUUCGAAAACGCAGAGUCAGACACCCUAUCCGCCCGAGAGUUCUUCGGUAAGCUACGUCGUACUUGAUUCCGAUGGAGAAGACGACGAUGGGUUUUUCAACGAAGAUGGGCUGUUCGGGUUUGAUUCACCCAAUAAAUAUUUUGAUCAAGAUGAAGAGGAUAUUCCGCCUACCGACAUCUCAUUCGUUGACGCACUGCUUGCAGCGGUGGGCGGAAUGGCGGGUCUGACAGUGGAGAAUCUCAGUCGGAAGUAA